AGGGCAGAGCUGACGUCUGAUAAAGACAUGUACCUGGACAACAGCUCCAUUGAAGACGCUUCCGGAGUGUAUCCUAUUGAUGACGAUGACUAUGCUUCUGCAUCAGGCUCGGGAACGGAUGAGGACGUGGAGAGUCCCGAGCUGACAACAUCCCGACCGCUUGCAAAAAUACCGUCCACUAGUGCUGCUCCCAAAGUGGAAACCACGACGGUGAAGAUGCAGAACAAGAUGCCUGCUCAGACGAAGUCACCUGAAGAAAUUGAUAAGGAGGAAGUUCACCACCCUGACUCAGCAAGGAAAAGGGACCCAGAGGAAGAGGACACAAAUGUGUACACCGAGAAGCACCCAGACAAUCUGUUUAAAAGAACAGAAGUCCUGGCAGCCGUCAUUGCUGGCGGAGUGAUUGGCUUCCUCUUUGCCAUUUUCCUGAUCCUGCUGUUGGUGUAUCGCAUGAGAAAGAAGGAUGAGGGCAGUUACGACCUAGGAGAACGCAAACCAUCCAGCGCGGCUUACCAGAAGGCACCUACUAAGGAGUUUUAUGCGUGAAACUCCCACUGAGUGUCUCUAUUUAUGAGAUCACUGAACUUUAAAAAAUAAAGCUUUUGCAUAGAAUAAUGAAGAUCUUUGUUUUUUUGUUUUUGUUUUUGUUUUUUUUUCAUUAAAGAGCCAUUCUGGCACUUUAAUGAUAAAACCCCAUUGUAUUUAAAACUUUACAUGUAUUUUCUUUAGAACAACAUAAAGUUAAAACUUAACAUCUGCAGUGUUCUGUGAAUAGCAGUGGCAAAAUAUUGUUAUGGAAAUUCUCAAUGUUCAUGGAAUCGGUGUAAACUUCUAUGCGCAAAUGAUUGUUUUUCUUCAGUGGUUCGUAGAUGAACGCUGUUUCAUUUGUGUCAGCAUGUCUCCGAUGGACCUAGCCAAGUUGGUCUUACUUUGUUAAUUUAUCUGUUGUUCCCUUCUUCUCCCCAGCUCUCCCCUUGUGUCCCGUGAAAAACAAAACAAAACUCUACACCUUUUGUAGCUGUUACGGUGCAAUUUGUCUUUGGAUAAUUUAGAUAAGGGUAAUUUAGUGUAUAUGUGAUUUUCAAAUAUGUAAACUUUAACCUCCACUUUGUAUACAUUUUUUUUAAGUGUCAGACUAUCCAUUUUACACUUUAUUUUUCAUUACCUGUAGCUUCAGGCAGAUUUGCAAGAGCAGAGUAAUGUGUAAAAUUGGAUUAUUACCAGAAAACUGUUUAGUCUUAUCGAAUCAGAUCUUCUUUUGGGGGGGAUUUGAUGUGAGUUACUGACAAGCCUCAGCAAACCCAAAGAUGCUAACAGUAUUUUGAGAAGUUGCUGCAGAUUCCUUUGGCCACUGUAUUUGUUAAUUUCUUGCAAUUUGAAGGUACGAGUAGGAGUUUGAGGAAAAAAUCAGUUUUUGUUCUUAAAAAAUGCAUUUAAGUUGUAAGCGUCUUUUUAAGCCUUUGAAGUGCCUAUGAUUCUAUGUAACUUGUCACAGACUGGUGUUAAUGAGUAUAUAUAACAGUUAAAAAAAAGUUGGUAUUUUAUAAGCACAGACAAUUCUAAUGGUAACUUUUUGUAGACUUAUGAAUAGACAUAAAUUGUAAUUUGGGAACAUAAAAACUACUGAAUAAAUCAUGUGGCCUCAUAA